GUCUGACUUCAAAAAGUUUUAGUUUACUCCCAUCAAAGUCACCCCCUUCAGCAUCUGCAUUCAUCAAAACCCUUUUUUUUUGUUCUCUUUUCUUUGUAGUUCCACAAACAUAUUAGUUUUUCUGUUUUUGUUGACUCAGUACUGUUGCACCGCGCAUCUUAAGCUGCAGGUCGCCGUUCUCGUAACCGUGCACGUCAGCAAGGAAACAAGCACCGUACACCUUUCUCUGAAGACUUCUAUUGCGCUGCCCUAAAUAGGCGUUCUGCCUCAGUCUCUGACCAAGACGCCUGCGGACACUGGCCCACACACGUUUGUACCGUCGAAAGCAGUACUUUGUUCUUCGUAUCGCAAUGCAGUUCAUCCCGCUUCUCGCCGUUGGCGCGUCGAUUGGCCGGCAGACGGCGGUCUUCGCCGUGGAGAGCUUAAAGGCGAUCCGCGACCCGACGAACGCCGACGCCGUCUCGACGGUGGGCGAGUUGAGUUCCCUCAACUCCCUCGAGUACAUGAAGAAGUGCAUGAUGGCGGACAAACAUGGGCGCACCAUCUUAAAAAACAAACCGCUGGUCGGCGACGACGUACUCGAGUACAGCCGCACGUUGCCGGCGAACACGUUCGGCCACCGCUACGCCGCGUACAUGGACCACAACCACUUCACCCCGAGUGGGCGGACACCUGUGAAGCACGUGGCGGACCCGACGCUCGCCUACGUCAUGACGCGCUACCGGCAAUGCCACGACUUCCUCCACGCCGCCACGGACUGCGGCCGCUCCGUCGAGGAGGAACUCGCCGUGAAGAUUUUAGAAUGGAAGCACACGGGGCUCCCGCUGGGUGUGUUGGCGGUGGCGGGUGGGUGGCCGCACCUGAAUUCGGCGCAGCGGGCGAACAUGCGAGUGUAUAUCAAAUGGGCUUCGCUGAACGCACCGUGCAGCGUCCAUGGGAAGCAUCAGGUGCCGAUGUACCUGAAUGUACCAUGGGAGGAGAUGCUAGCGAACGACUUUGACGAAGUGACAGCCGUCAGCGGCAUUACACCGCUGCCCGUUUACCUGGAAAAUCUGAAAGCGAAAAGGUGA